AUGUCCUUUCUAAGAGGCCGACAACACUGGGUCACCAUUGGCCUAGUCAAUGAUGCCCAAGGCCAACAAGAUGUUCUCAACAUUCUACGUGGCAUUCGGGCAGACUUUCCAAUCCACCUCAACCUACAAUCAGCGCCUAACUGUGAUAGACUCAAGCGAGCUAUUUCAAGGCGGAUACGAAACAUGCCAGGCAAUAUCCCUUGUUUAUAUCGGGAAGAUGCGCUUGGAGCACUAUAUGAGCUAUUUGCACUUUGCCGUUCGGACUGGUCGGCUACUGGAUCUGCGAGAACAGAAGAAGUGAGUGGUGGCAGCUGUGAGGAGGGCAGUGAUAGUGAAAGUGACAGUUUCUUUGUAGGAGGUGGCCUUGGGAAUUAUCAUGGUCCAUUUGAAGAAAUUAUCCCUGAGAUUGGUUAUACUUUUACUUCUGAUACAGUCAAUCUUGAUGCUCACGCUACUCAUCCAGUGGAAGAGUAUGCUAGACAGGGAGAUCAACCUGGCUGGGGUCAUACUAACAGUGACAGUAGUCCCCAAUAUGACCCCAUGGACGUGGUCACUCAUGAACAGACACAAACAAUAGCACAUAACCAAGUCCCACCUUGGCAGCAGAGACAAGAAAAGUACGAAUGGGACUGGUUCAACUACCAGCAUACAAACGUGAUAUUCAACGCUUUCGUGGACAUCACCUGGGCCCGAUACCCUCGCUGUCGAGAAACCAUCAGACUGUCGGACCUAAUGGGGAAAACUACAAAUCUCUCGCGUACGAGCCUUUUCCCCCGAGCUAGACAUCAAAGCAGAAGUCCAGACGGUGACUGGAUCCGUCUUGAUUCCGUUUCCCUCCCUAAACUCCGUAACCAACUACAGGUGAUUCGAUCACUUGAUCAAGCUAAAGAUGCUAUCUGGUGGAGCCCGGAUCCCCUGGACACAACGAGACUUGAUUCAACGGAGAGUCAGGCUCGAAUAGAUAAUCAGCGUGAUCUGACAUGGGCGGUAUACCGGAGCUUUGAUGCCCCUUGGCAGGAUUGGCGGGGGAGGAGGCUUGCUGUCAUGUCUCCCUCGCAAGGGAAGUAUCCUCGCUUCUCUAUAAUUAUCCGAGACGUUGAAGAUCUUGUUGAUACAGCUGAGUCUAUGGAUGUUGAGUUUGAUAGUAGUUCUACUACUUCUAGUGUUUGUGAGAUGUUUGAAGGACUUGGUGGAUCUGGGGAGAGUAUUUGUGGUGAUGAUCUUGCAGAUAGUCUUUCUGCGAUCAUCAAUGAACCGCUGCAGCCUAAUGGAUGGGUUUCAGGACCACUCUAG